AUGAAAUCAGAAAAUAUGGACAGCUCAACCAGGGAGAUGCGUCCAUAUAACUCCGAUUCCGACGAUUCCAGUGAUCCCGAGUACCACGAAUGUGUUAACGGCCAUUAUAAGCAACUCGUCGCCGCCAUACAGGGCGAGAUGGUGCCCAACGCGGAUGAUCUGGACCGGCGACUUGGACUUCCUUGUCUUAUUCGAGGCAGUCGUUGUCACUACAAGUUUGCAAUAAGCUCUGAGGUAAAGGAAAUCUGCGCAUCACGUCCAGAAUUUGCCCAUGCUCACAAUUCUCGGUUGAUCAUGAGUGAUGUGGCGCGUGAGCCAGAAGAUAUGGAUGACCUCGACAAAACAAAACACCCCUACUGUAUCUGGUACCCUGACUUGGCGAAAGAAGGCACCUAUAGCCAGCUAGUCCAGCGCUUUCCGUCUAUGCGCUACCAGGUUAGACGGUCAUGCGCGGCUGCAGGAUACGCUGGGCUCUUGAGCUAG